GGGAAAUUGGUGCUACAGUGGUUUUAAAUAAAAGAUGUUCAGGGAUGUUCUGAAGCCUAUAAAUUCUGCUUUGACUGCUGCCUGAGGGGAGCUCAGUUUACACUUUUGGUUCCUGAUUUGUGGGCCUCAGUUCGUUGCCUCGGGGAUGUGACAUAAGGAGCAGCUCCUUCAAAUUGUCAAAGGUCUCAGGAUUCAUGUGAAAGCCAUUACUGCUGUGUUUUUGUUCUGGACACUCAAAAAAUAAAAUAAAGUAGAUAGAAUAGAGUAGAAAAUGUACUUAAUGUUAGCAUUUUAUGUUAGUAUAGAUUUUUUCAAUUUAAGUAUUCAGUAGCUUUUAGCCAUAACCUUUUUAUCUAUAAUAAAAUGGUCAAGUCUGAACAAUAACAUGUGACAUAAACAACUCCAAACACAGUCAGAGGUUCAGCUUUUACACAGUCAGGUCAGUCUGUUCCCUGUUCCUGCUGUCUGCUGUGUGGGCUAAUCAGUGAGAUCACACUCACCUGUGUCUCUGUCAUUAGUCUCACUGGUGUCACCUGGUGCCCUGGGUAUAUAUACCUCUCUCCCUCACUCGGUCUUUGUGGGGGAGCAUUGAUUGUUUGUUACUGUUAGUGGGUUGGGUGUGUCCCUGAGUUUGGAGAGGUCUGUGAGUUUUAAGAAAGUCCAUGAUGUUGGAGAAGAGUGUGCCUGUAGUCGAUGCUUUAUUCCUGUGUUCUAUGUGACGCAGCGCUCUCCUUCACUCUGGAGCCCAGUGAUGUCAUCGCUGUCCAGGAGCAACCCCUGAUGCUCCACUGUCAGGUGGAUGGCAUCCCCCCGAUCACCACACAAUGGAGGCACAACAGCUUUCUAUUACCUCGGGACCAGCGUCACACCACCUUCAUCAAUGGCUCUCUCCUGAUUGGUCACUUCCAGCAGACCAACCCUGAUGGCUCAUCCGACGAGGGCGACUAUGAAUGCAUCGCCGAGAAUUCUUUCGGGCUGGUGGUGAGUCGUAAGGCCCGAAUUCAGGCUGCCACGAUGGCAGACUUCCAUGUUCAACCGGAGUCGGUUCAUGCCGAGGAGCACGGUGUAGCCAGAUUCCAGUGCCAGAUCCACGGUCUGCCAGAGCCUGUUAUCAGCUGGGAAAAAGACCGCCUUCCAGUGGACACCAAGGAUGAAAGAUACACUUUAUUGCCUACAGGUGUUCUGCAGAUCACGGGAGUGCGUGAGGAGGACAGAGGAACGUUCUGCUGCGUGGCUCACAACAGUGCAGGAGUGAAACACAGCAAAGAGGCCCUCCUCACUGUCUCAGGCUCCCCGUCAUCCGUGUACAAAGAGCCAAUGAUCCUGGUUGGUCCAGAAAACCUCACCCUCACUGUUCACCAAACUGCCAUUUUGGAGUGCAUCGCAACUGGAUACCCUCAACCCAUUGUGUCUUGGAGCAGACUGGACGGUCGUCCAAUCGGUGUGGAGGGAAUCCAGGUGCUCGGCACAGGAAACCUGAUGAUCUCAGACGUCGGUGUGCAGCACUCAGGGGUUUAUGUGUGUGCUGCCAACAAACCAGGGACUCGUGUUCGCAGGACUGCUCAGGGACAUCUGGUUGUCCAAGCUCCAGCAGAGUUCGUUCAACUUCCUCAGUCUGUUGCACGUCCUGUUGGCACCACUGCCAUCUUCACCUGCCAGGCACAGGGUGAGCCUGAGCCUCAGAUCACCUGGUUAAAGAACGGGCAGAUCCUGGAACCUGGAGGCCACGUCAGACUGAGGAACAACAACAGCACACUGACCAUCUACAGCAUCAGCCAGGACGACGAGGCCAUUUACCAGUGCAUUGCUGAGAACAGUGCAGGCUCCACCCAGGCCAGCGCCCGCCUCACCGUGCUCUGGGCCGACGGGCUUCCCGGUGUGCCAAAUGGUGUGCAGGCUGAGGCUCUGACUCCCACCACCAUACAGGUGUCCUGGACAGAGCCCGAUCAGAACACUCAGGAUAUCAUCGGAUAUGUGGUCCACAUCCGCAGAACCUCAGACCCAGUGGAGAUGGAGUACGAGGAGGCCGUUAGUAAGGUGACACUGCAGCAGAUCAUCAGGGACCUGGAGCCCUCCACCAGUUAUACCUUCUACGUCAAGGCCUACACUUCCCACGGGGCCAGCAAACCAUCAGACAGUGUCACCCAGAGCACUCAUGGGGAGGUUCCAGCACCUCCCUCUCUCUACACCAAGGUGGUGAACAGCAGCUUCGUCCAGGCAUCAUGGGAGCCUUCUUCCAAGAUGGGUCAACACCACGGCUUCAGACUGUAUUACAGACGAGCUCACACGCCGCUCUUCACCGGCCCCAUCAACUUCCCUCGCAACGUCACCCAGUACAACAUCACUCAGCUGGAUUCUACACAGGUCUAUGAGAUUAAACUCCUCGCUUUCAACCAACAAGGAGAUGGAAACACCACGGUCCGAUUUGUUUCACUUCGAGAGGCGGUGGAAAAAUCUGUCCUGGACGCCUCGUGUGACUGUGUCAAAGACGAUCAGAGUAAAACGUCCACGACAGGCAUCAUCAUCGGGAUCCACAUCGGACUCACCUGCAUCAUCUUUUGUGUUCUCUUCCUGGUCUUCAGUUACCGCGGCAGGUUAAUGAUGUGUAAGACAGUGCAGGCAACCCCACAGGCCGGACGCAGCACCGUGCUGGAAGCUUCCUCCUCCUCCUCCUCCUCCCAGGGGGUGUCUGGCCUCAACGGAUCUGCCAGGAGAGAGAUGGAGGUCAAUGGUAGAGCCGGUGGGAAGAAAGUGGUCGACAGCAACGAACUGGAGAGACUCUUCACUCAGACGAUACAAGAGUCAAGCAUGACCCAAGCGUACACACUCAAUGAGACCCAGUUGUCUACGAUACCACUAGAUGAGUUUGUUGUUGAGCGGGACAUGGAGACGCAAUUUCAGGAGCCUCCAGCAGGAGGAGCUGGUCAGCAGACCAAGGCUAGUCAUGUAUGAGGUCAACUGGUGCAACACUGUCUAAAGUGUUAACUCUUCACUCACUCAGGUUCAAAAUUGUUUCUUUUCAAAGUAGCUGUUUUUUUUCUUUUGUGCAAAUAUUUUAUUGAUAAAUUAAGAGGUUCGAGAGAAUCUAAGAAUGUAUUUUAAAGGUGUUUUGUAAAAAAAAAAAGAUUUUUUUUUGGCCAAGUUUUGAGAUGCUUUCUUGUAAAAUGUCGCUAAAAGCUAGGCAGACCAUUUGUUGUUUUUGUUUUUCCAUUUUCUUUGUUUUUUAGGGCUGUCACUUUUUUAGUCAAAGUUUCUUAAAAAGUAACCAAAAGAUUUUCACACGGCUCCUUUAGAUGCUUCAGUGUUUAGGUUUAGCAGAAAAUGCUACAACGAGCAUUUGUCGGUUUUAACUUUAAGCUUUAAGCUGGACCAAACAGAAGAAAAGCUACAAAAAACACUAGGGGGCAGUGGAGCUGAAUAUUUAAGUUAGAUGGCACUUUACAUACGCGUAAUGGGUGGUGAGUCAGUUGUGUCACUCCUUGAAGCUUCUCCUUGUUUUUUAAUGCUAAGAUAUAGGGGGAGAAGUUAAUAUUGUCAGGAGGAAGUCAAUUCUUUAAGACCCAUGCUGGUGUUUGGGAAACUACAGUAGGUCUGGGUUGGUUUUGGGAAGGAGUUGAUGAAAUUGGUUUAUUCUGGUUGUGUUGGUUCUUGCGAGCUAACAUUAGCAAUGUUAGCUUACGGUUAAAAAUAAAGCUAUGAACUUCACCGUUAUCUCAGCCUAUCAGCUGUCCCCUCACGUUAGCUCAACCUCUUGGCUCACCAUAGCCAUUUGGUCUGGACUCUGCACUGCCCUCUAGUGGUAAAUGUUGCUAAAAUUCCAGUUUCAGGUGUAUCUUUACAAACAUGCAUGAAACAUUAAAACAACCAGUGAUUUACAGAACUUUCCCUAACUUUGGACUGAAAGUGACAGCCCUGCUCAUGUGUUACAUUCCAGAUGUUGGGCAGCACAGAAUAGAGGGCCCAGAAUGUCUUUGUAAUACAUUAUUGGUUUUUGUUUUUUAGGUUUAUAGGUAUAUACAGUGAAUAUAUAAAUCCAUAUAUAUAUAUACAUAUAUCUUUAUCAUCUGUGUCAAAAGUGGUCAUAAGUUAUUGCUCUUAUUUCUACUUUUCUGUGGAUGUCACAAACUCCUGCUGCCUGCUCUCAUCGUACCAAUGAUUCCACCCACUCGUUCUUCGCGAAGACCUCAGCCUUCUCCCAGGGAUUUGAUAAAUAUUCUCUCUCAGGACUUUUUUUCACUGAUAUCAAACAUUUUCUAUGAGUUCUCGGCCCUCUUACAGACUAAAGACUUGGCUGUGUGAAACUUACGACUCAACAAAAACCUACC